ACGGUAGUGUGCGUCUGACUGUCGUGGAGCGUGGAGGUAGCGCGUCCCUGCUCCAGCUUCCCUUCCACUCACUGGAAGAGAGGAAAAAAGUGUAGAGAUUAGCCAGUGUCCAAAUCCCUCAUAACAUAACGUAGAGAAGAGUGUAAAGAGAAAGAGAAGGAAAGAUUACUGUUAUCUCUUCCUGUCCACUUCACGCUCCUGAUAUCCUCCAAGACACUUAAACAGAAAAAAAAUUAGACCCUUUUUUUUUUCUAUUAUAGAGUGAACAGAAAAUAGAUGAGGAAAAAACAGGGGACUAGUGUUGUUAUUUUACUACUUAGUGUCUUAACGCUUAGAGGGAAAGAAAACGUGGAAUAGCAGAACUACAGAUAUCUUCUAAAAAAACUAUAGAAAAUAAAGACUCCUUUUAUCAUAGAGUGAACAGAAAACGAGGAAAAAAAGAAAAAGAAAACUACUCCUAUUACUGCCUGGUGUCUCAGAGCAUAGAGGAAAAACUAGACUCAGAAAAACAGAACUAAAGAAAAAAAAAAAAAAAAAAAGGUGUCUCUUUCCCCGUCUCGCCUGUGAAGAAAUAACACCAAAAUGGCCUUAAACAACAAAGUGCUCAUUCCACUCACGCCUUCCCAGUCCAGCACGAGAAACACAUCAUGCCUCCCUCCUCCAGCCCUCUCGCGCCAUUAGCAUAAGUGUGUGUGUGUGUGUGUGUGUGUGAGGGUGAGACGGGGCACAGGGAGGCAGACUGAGAUAAGAGUAGGGCCAGAAUAUUUACCCCGCGAUAAGCUCCAGGAGGGGGAGGAGGAGGAGGAGGAGAAGGAGGAGGAGGAGCAGUGCAGAGUGUGUUUGUGUACUGAAGGACAAGAACAAGGACGCCAGAACCAGGGAUGUGUGACGUGGUGGGUGUCCUUGUCCUCCCAUAACACUGAUUACUCCUAUUUUUCCUCCGUUUUUCCUCUUUCCUAAAUCUCUAUACUGCCUUUCCUUCCUUUCUUUCUUUCCCUGAACCGUUUCCUCCGUGACCUUUCCCCUAAUCUUCUCCAAACCCUGAUUCGUCCAAGUUUUCACCCUUUUUGCCUAUAUUUUUAUCCUCCCUUAUUUUUCAUCCUCCUUUUUCUUUCUCUCUGUCUUACAUUUUUACUUUUCUUAACCUCCUGACCUUUCUCCUCCCCUUUUAUCGCCCCGCUACCUCCAUUUUCUCUCCUCCAACGGUCUUAUCUCCCUGUUCUUCCCUUCUUGAUCCUGACCCUUCCCUCGUAAUCCAUUCUAUUUCCCCUCUUCCCAUAGCAACAUUGAUUCCUCCUUUCCUAUUCUGUCCUUCAUUUAGUUACCAUACGUCAUCCAUUUCUACUUGUUUCCCUCUUCAGCAAUACUCAUUCACUCAUUCACUGUCUCUUCCCUUUCUGUUCUUACAUUAUCGUUCUUUCCUUAACCAUUCCUUGCCUUUCUCGUCUCUUCGUGUCAUCUACCUUCCUGUUUUUUUUUUUUUUUUUUUGUGGUCCAUUCCUACUCCAUUCUCUACUCUCUCCUCUCCUAUCCCCCUUUUUUUUGUUCUUUAUAUCAUCCUAUUCUUUCCCCUCCUACCCUUCCUUUCCUCCAUAACGUUCUAUUCUAUCCUUUGCUAACCUUCGUUCCCUCACUUAUUCCUACCCACAAUCCCACCGGUUCUUAUCCCACACCCAACCACCCAUGCUGAGAAUCCCUUCGCCUGGGGAACCCGUGCUAUCCUACGCCACGUCCUCCCCCAUGACGCCCACGGUGCAGCACCACUGGCAGCUGGAGUGCUGGGGCCGCGGGUGGGCGUGGGAGGGGUGUGAGGGCGCCAGUGACGGGUGGGGCAAUGUGUCUCUGGUGCCCCUGAAGCAGCGCGCCGUGGAGGUGACGUGGGUGUGGCCUGACUGGUCUGACGCUGACGGGGAGGUGAUGCCGCCCCCAGGCCCUCCCGACGCUGACCUCCGCUACCAGGUGGAGUACGGACCCCUCAAUGCACCGUUCAUGUUGGGGCGUGUCGGGGGCAGCAGCAGGGGAGUGACGCUGGAGGAGGGUGUGGAGCCCUUCACUACGUAUGAGGUGAAGCUGACAACAGACGCAAUGGCAAACACGUCAGCCAUCUUCUUCCAGAUCGUAGAGACUGUGACGGAGACAGGGUCAGGAAGAGUAAGGGCGGAGGAGGUCCUCUUGGUGAUUCUCGUCCUGGUGCUCUGGGCGGUGGCUAUACUCCUUUUCUUCCACAGAUGGGGAAAGAUUCGCAUGUUGGAGCCGUACCAACCAGAAUACAAGGCCCUCAACCACUCUCCCGCCUGCCCCCUCGCUCCCACCACUCCCACGCAGACCCAGCCCAGGCCACAGAACGCCAAGCCACUCCUGCCUCGCAAAAGUUCGUCGCUGUGCUUCACUCCAUCCAUGCUGCGGACGGUUCACGUGCCGCCCCCCGCGUGCCGCAUCAGUGUGCCACACAUAGACCAGACGCCCCUGCCCAGGUGUUCCCGCGCCGCCCACCAGAGUCCAGCCUCCCAUGUACACCUGGCUCGCCACCGCCUGCGCCUUGCCUCUGACUCCAUGGAUCACAGCACUGGGCGCUCCCAGGCCCAGGUGGAGGUGUCCAGGAAGGUCCGUAGCGCCGAGAACCUCAGGCACUACCGCAUCGCCAGCACCUACUGCCGGGGGUACAGCGAGGAGAGCGCGGUGCACGGCACGCAGCCAGGGCUGGGCGAGGGCCUGGGCGUGCCGCACCACCCCUUGGCACGCCGCCGCUCGUGCCAGAGCCAGAGUCUGGACCUGGAGCACUACCGCUCCACCACGCCGGGCCCACAGGAGGCGGUGGCGCGCGGCCGCAGCCUGGACAGCACGUCCGUUACCAGCUUGCGUCGCUCCCCCACGGCGGGCCCCUCCUCAGCCGGCGCUGAGCCUGUGUGCACCACGCCCGAGCUGCGGGUGUCCCCCACUCCCCCGGACAUCGCCACCCACCACCCGCACACCCACAUCGUCCUGCAGCGCCAGGAAACCAUCAUGGACGACACCACGCUCUUCCAGGUGCCCUACGCCACGCUUAUGGAGGAGGAGCUGGAGAAUGACGCCUAGCCUCGCCUCAACAGCAGGGGGCGCCACCCCCCACCACAGCCUGCAGCGGCUGGCAGGGCGCUUGAUGGCGGUAGUGUUAGAAGUAAAAAAUAGCCACGUGUGCUUCCCGCGUGCAGGGAAGCGCUAAAUCAUUCAUUUCCAGAUUGGUUUGGACAGUUUUCAAAUGAAAGGUGAGGCGCGAGGCGCACAGCGGGGCGGGGCGAGCGACCCUGAGCCGUGAGGUGUGUGCCGCACCCGAGUGUGUGUCACACAAUGCCUGCCGUGUGGCCUGACUCUUACUUUUAUUUUAGUCCUUUGUAUGUUUUGUAUUCAGACUAAAACUCGACAUGUGAGCAUUUUACAUCGUGUAUGAUCUUUAUUUGCUGGUAGUAUUGUAAUCAAUCUCUUUUAUACGGUAAGGUAGCCACAAAGGUCAUCGCUUUCAUUAUACAACACUACUUAAUUACGGUGUCGGGUCCUUGUGUUCGGGUGAAGAGAAACACACACCACCACACAGCUGCCAGAUCUGAAGCCUGAACCCUGAACCCUGAACCAUGAACCCUGAAGCCCCAAGAUCAAAACCUUCCCUGAGUCUCGUUCCGCUCCACUACUAAACACAUUUACCAUAAACUUGAGCGACAUUCCGGCGGUGCGACGAUCAAAGGGCGGCGGCAGGUGGCUGGGGACGAGCGGGGCGGCGUGUGUGUGUCAGGAGACGUGAAGGAAGGCAGCCAGGCAGGGAGGGAGCUAUGGGGACAGGAAAGUGACAGGGAAGUGGCGGGGAAGUAGCGAACAGGAAAGGAAGCAAAGUAGGAAGUAAUGGAAGGAAAAUUAAGGAGGGCAAGGGAUGUAGGGGAGCUGGCAGGGAUAGAGUGAAGAGAUCGAAGCGAGAGAGACAGGGAGCGACAGAGUAGGUAAUAGAAGAGAGAGAGAGAGAGAGAGAGAGAGAGAGAGAGAAUGUAUUUCUAGGUGGAGGAUAUGGGAAGGAGAGGGGGCGAGGCAGGGAGAGGGGGAAGAGUGAGGAGGGGGAGAGUAAGUGGCCGGGAAACAGCGAGGUGGGAGAUGAACGAUGGGUAAAGAUUUCCUCCUCUCACUGUUUCUUCAGCUUCAUGUCCGCCGCGGGGAAGCAACGCGCGGGAAGAGAGGAGUUGAGUUGCGUUGAAUAUCCAGCAUGUGUGGCUCAUUACGCCGCGCAGUACCGUAAAGAGAACUUACUAUACCGCAACACUAAUUAGUAACGUACCCAGAGAGGCAGUGCACGCUGUUCCGAGCCGCUUAAGUUUCCGAGGAGCAUAUUCUGAAGCAUUUCUGUUCGCGCCUCGAUUACUUUCAAAGGCUGUAGAAGUGAUACUGGGUUUUAAGAUUUUUUUAUGGUUCUAGUGAAAGAUUAACAAGAUUUCUACAUUAUUAAUAGGAGAAACACUCUUGAGAUCUCGGCUGAUCAUAAUCUCUGUGGUGUUUGAAAGUAUAGUCGUGGUGUGAGAGCGAAGCGUUUCAGAAUACAGGCCUUUUUAAUCUCGAACCGUUAACUAAACCCUGACAAAUGUAAUCAAAAUAGCACAAAGACAGCAAGUCAGCAUCAAAAAAGGAACUCGACAAUAAGUAAAUACGAACCCACGAUGAAAGCACACGAGAGAUCUGGAAGGCGAAGCAGUAGAAGACAUUAUUUAGAUUCCAGUAAAUCUUAGUGAGGUUUCGAUAGUUCCUGUUCGAGCGUCUAUGAAUCCGAGCCUUGAGUGCUGAGCCUGUGAGUGCGUCGGCAGCCAGCGAGGUGUGAGGCGAGAGUAGUACGUGUAGUUAUGUCUGUGUGUGCUUGUAUGCGAAUUAGGAACGUGGAAUCGAGCAGGGAAGAGGAAGAGGAAGAGAGAUGGCGCCGUGAUGUGGAGGAAGCUGUAAUGUGCUGCGGGGAGCGUGAGUACUCGAGAUUAUAAUAGUGUUUAUAUUCAUUACAUUCACUGCGGUAUGCUACAAUUCAAAACACUAAAAACCAUGUUUGGAGUCUUUAUAAACAUUUACUAGAAAGAAAGGGAUAAAAAGAAUAGGUUUUUGCAGUUUUUGGCCAAUAUAAUGUUUGAUUCAAGUAGUUAAUUCUGAAAAAGACGCGGGAAAUACGAGUGAAAUGAAAGCAACUAUGAUUCUUGGUUCAUGUGAAAAAGAGCAAGGAAAUAUAAGAACGCGUAUCUGUAUAAUAUUUGGUACUUGAUAUUCUUAGUGUUCAUAGUUAAGCUUAAAACAAUCUGAAUGUAGAAAAGAGGCGUAAUUAUGGAGAGAGAGAGAGAGAGAGAGAGAGAGAGAGAGAGAGAGAGAGAGAGAGAGAGAGAGAGAAUGACAAGGAGGAUGAGGUGGUUACGAUUCACCAUGAAGACGAAGGAUACAGCUUAUGACCGAGACUGUACGUGAUUGGCUGGUUGUUUGCUUGAUAUUGUGGCGCCGUGUGGUGACCAGGCGAGGUGAUGUGAAUGGUCAAAUGUCAUCUCUUACUACGAUAAUAGGUGAGAUUUAUUGUUGUUGUUAUGAAGGACGCCAUCUUUGAUAGUACAGAAAACUUUUAGGGGUCGCCGUGGUACAGUGGAACCACGCACGUUUUGAGAUCCUAAGGGUCUCCAAGCGCACGGGUUCGAAUCGUGUCCACGGCCCGAGUGUGGGUUGGGCUUCCUUUUCCUCGGGGGUAACGAUUCCCUAGCGGGUGGGCUUUUAGGUAGGAGAUACACACAAAACUACUUCCUUUAGCCCAUAAAUUCCCGUGAAAAACCCACAUGCUAUAGAAAAAUAAAGAAAAAGUGAGGUAAGUAAAUAGAGCUGUGUGUCUUAUCUUAAUAUUCACCAUUUGCUUUAGUGAGUGAACGAUACUGAAUAGAUUAUAGGGAAGUAAGAGAAGGUUUGACUUAUUGGUGUGUGACGACAAGCAGGCAGGGAUGUUGAUUGAGUAGAUGGUAUGCGGAAAGAAAACGAAAAAGAAAUGGGUUGAUACGUGCUCGCAAAUGUGAAAGUUGUGGUUUGUAAUGAUGAAACGAUAAAAGGGAGUCUGAUGGAGUCGAUGGUGUACCGGAAAUCAGGAUGUGAAAAAAAAGUAGGAUAAAAUGGCCGCGCAAAUGUGUGUUAUGGCUUGAUACGGGGAGAUAAAGCGCAGGGAAUUAUAUAUAUAUGUGGACUAUUUUACGUAGCUUUUUACUGUACCGUGCAAUGGAGUAGUUGUGCGGAGAUGAAUAUUACUUUACCUGUUCUAUGUGAAGUGAAUAUAGUGUGUGCGGGAAUUCUGGUAUAAUCACACGGCUGUCCACACACUUCUAUUGACUCGCGUUGGUCUUGCAUGUGUCGUUGUGGUGACAUGAAGUGAAGUGAUAAUGCAGGUUGAUCUUUGGUGGUCUCGCAUUCUGCCCUGGUAUGUGGUGCUUUGUGUCUAGUGAAGGAAGCAGAGAUGGUUUACAAGGUUUAAUUUGAGUGAUUUAUGUUUCUACGUAGGAUUAGACGUGAUUUUAAGGAUUUUUUUUCAGUGCAGGAAAAGUACUGGUGAUCUUGACUUUAAAGGUUGAAGUUAAAGAUUUUGUUUUCCAUAUCAAUAUUAUUUUGCAUUUUCAUGUAAGAAUGAACGUAAUUUUUGAGGAUUUUUCUUUUUUUCUAUUUUUCAUUAUUUUGGUGUCGGUGCAUUAGAGGAAAUGGUGAUUUUGAUUUUAAAGGUUAAAGUGAAAGAUUUUUGCAUUCUAUCUUUAUUUUUGUGUUAUAAUUGUAAUUUGAAAGAUUCUGUUUUGUUUUCAAUCUCUUUUUUCAUGUUGUCAGUUCAGGAAUAGGAAUCUUAAUUUUAAAGGCUUAAGUUGAAAAUGUUGUAUUUCAUCUCCCUAUUAUCGUCUUUCUGUGUAGGAGUUAUAAUCAUAAUUGUGAAUAUUUCGUUUUCUUUUAUCCUCCUAUUAUGGUGUGUCUAUGUAGGAAAAGGACAAAAGGCAAGUGAUUUUAAAGAUUUAAGUUGAAGGUUCAGUAUUUCUUCUUAUUUUUGUAUGUCGAAGUAGAGAAAAAGUUAUCAUCGUGGUUUUGGAAGUUUGAGUUGAUGGUUAAGUAUUGCAUCGUCCAAUUCUUACGUGGAAAGGAGCGAAGUUCUUGAUCUUGAAAGCUAAAGUUAAUAGUUAUACAUUUUGUUUUCUCAUCUCAGGUGUUUACGUCGGAAAGAAAAAAAAAUGUGGAGAUCGUGGUUUUGAAGGUUCAAGUUCAUGGAUCUGUAUUUUAUCUAGUCAUUUUUUAAGUUUUUACAUGAAAAAGUAAGUGAGAGUGAUAGUUUUUAUAGUUUCAAGUUACGUCGUUCUUUAUUUUCUGGUUCAUUAUCGUAUUUUAUAUGCGAGAAAAUUAGUAAGAUGGUGAUUUUGAUGUUUAUAUUUUAUUACUCUAUAUUUCGUUACUUUUCGUUACUGUUUGCUAAUACGAGAGGGAGUGAAGCAAAUUUUGAAAAGGAAUCUGUAAUAAAUUUUUAAUGUCGGAAAGGAAGAACGAUAGUGAUGAAGGCUUGUUUCGAGUGGUUUUGUGUUGCAUGUAAUGGUAUGUAUUUGUACGUAUGGAAGGCAGUGGUGGUGAUAUGAAGCUUUGUUAUUUUGUUAGCCGUAUAUUUCCAUGCUUGUGUGUAUGAAAAUAAUUGAAACUGGUGAUUUAUUUGUCUUCGGCAGCUAUGUAUCCCGCCUGUUUGUUAUUGUGUUUGCACGAACGAAGAGAAAUGGAAUGGUGAAAUAAAGCUUUUUUUUUUUUUUUUGGUGUUCGUGUAUUCCACCUUCCUGUUGCUAUGCUUUGUGUAUGAAAGGAAUUGAAACCGGUGAUUUAUAUUUGUUAGUUGUACAUCCGGCAUAUUUGUUCCUCUGUUUGCACGAGCGAAAAGAAAUUUAAUGAAAGUGAAAUGAAACUUUAUUUUUUGAGUGUUCUGUAUUUUAUCUUUCGUAUUAUUUUCUUGUAUUCGAAAGAAGUAUAUUGAUUUUAGGGUUUAUUUGGGGUAACUCUAUCAUAACUGUCUAUUUCUAUGACUACAUGUGCGGGAAAAAAGAUACAGUGCUGCAUAAGUUAAUCUUUAGUGAUCCUACGAAUUGUUUCAGUUAUCACGGUUCUGUGCACCAAACCAAAAAGAAACUAUGGCUUUAUAUUUAUUUUUGGUGCUUCCACAUCCCAGCUGUCUGUUCCUCUGUUUGCACGAGAGAAAAUAAAUGAAACAGUGACAUGCAUUUUAAUUUUUAGUGAUCUUGCCUUUCACCUUUUAGUUAACAUGCUUCUGUGCACGAAACAAAAAGAAACUAUGACUAUUUAUUUAUUUUUCGUACCGCCAUAUCGCUUCAGUUCCUCUGUCCGAAAAGAAAUGAAACAGUGACAUGCACAUUGUUUUAGUGAUCGUACAUUUCACCUCUCAGUUAUCAUGCUUCUUUGCACAAAACAAAAAGAAACUAUGGUUAUUUAUUUAUUUUACGUACCUGUAUACCCUGCCUGUUCCUCUGUGCAAAAGAAAUGAAACUGUGACAUGCACGUUAAUUUUUAGUGAUCGUACAUUUCAGCUUUCAGUUAUGUUUUGUGCACGAAAAAAAAAUAAUGGUUAUUUAUUUAUUUUACGUACCUGUAUACCCUGCAUGUUCCUGUGUGCGUAAAGAACUGAAGCUGUGACAUGUCUUUUAAUUUUCAGUGGUCCUAUAAUCCAUCGUUCUUGGUGUCUAUGUUUCUUUCCCUCACAGACGCUCAUAACGCAUUCAAAAGUGUUCAAAGGAGCCUUAGUAGUGUCGACAUAUCCAAGUGGUGACAAGUGCGAGUGGAAAUUUGAAUAGACUUUAAAAAUAUAGCCAUUAAAUCAAUUUUUUUAAGAGAGUGGAAUUUGAGUCUAUAGAAAGUGUAGGUCUUCAAAUGUGGCUUUUAUUGUGCGAAUGGAAAUUGAAUAGAUAAAAAACUGUAGCCCUUUUUCAUAUCAAUAAAUAAGUAAGUAGAAGUUUGUAGAAUAUUAAUAACGAUAUUUGACUUCAUUGAUGCGAAAGGACAAAGAAAAGAGAACACUAUAAAAAAAAAACUAUGAAAAUGAAAACAAAACUUGAACAAACAUUAAUGUAAAACUAUAUAGAAAAAUAAUUUGAUAUGCUUCGUGAAAUUAGUUUAUAAAAAAAAGCUAGCUUCUAAUUUACUCCUUUAUUCUGCUCUCCACAGGUACUUUCCAUUAAUUUUCACAUAUGUAUGAGUGUAUGUAUUUAUGUAUUUGUAAAGCCAAUGGGCAAAGGAAAGGGAAGGAAAGCGUUCAGACUUUACCUCAUUACUAGUGAAGGCUGGGAUGUGAUGGGCGGGUGAGGCAGUGGUGCGUCUGUCUGUAUGUCUGUCUGUUUACCUGUCUGUCUUCCUAUCUCUCUCUCUCUCUCUCUCUCUCUCUCUCUCUCUCUCUCUCUCUCUCUCUCUCUCUCUCUCUCU